AGUUUAGCACUUUGUAACAUGAUCCGCGCACACCACGGAGAGGCCGGGCUCUGCGGUCCUUCAUCCUGCCGUCCUACCGCACCACAUGGAGACUGGAUAGAGCCACAGUGAACGGGGAAUGACAAAGGUGGACCACCUUCCUCUGUCGGCUGGCUAUAUGAACGCGCACAGCAUCAGCAGCGACUGACACAGCAAAGGCAAACACAGAGAUGAGGGUGAAGGGAAGUAGUAGCCAGCUGCUACCAGUGCUUAUUGCGGUCUGCGUCAAACCUCUCGCUCCUUCAGAAGAUAAUGCCCUCGGUGCCUCUUAAGGACUUUCUGGGUUUAUUAUUUGCUUGCUGCAGGGGUCCAUGUCAAUAGCCUAUCUCGUGGGGAAAAGUCCAGCAGCGGGACAGUGAUGGUCACCCCGUCUCCAGCCUCUCAGUCACUCUCAGCAUCUGCACUGUAAGGAGAAGCUCGUCCUGCGUGGGGGAGUGGGCUUGUGAAGGAAUAUGCAGAGAUAGAAACAAUUGUUGUUGUUGUUGUUGUUGUUGUUGUUGUUGUUGCUGCUGCAUACAAACCAGACAGAGCCUUAAUUGGAUUACCGGGUGUUGUUGUUUCCCAACAUGAACUCGCUGUUUUUCUCCGACACUCCGCCCGGGCCGAUCUGCAACGUCCCCACCGGGUCGGGCGCGGUGACCAGCGCACUGCGAAAUGACCUGGGCUCCAACAUCCAUGUGCUGAAAACCCUCAACCUGCGGUUCCGCUGCUUCCUUGCCAAAGUCCACGAACUGGAGAGGAGAAACAAACUCCUGGAGAGCCAGCUGCAGCAAGCUCUGCUAAGAACGCAGUACCGCCACCUUUACGCCCGUGAUGUUGCCGUGCAGACGGACGGCCCCGAUUCCCGAUUGCCGGGCACCAUCUGGAGUUUCACCCACGUCCGGAAGCAAGGGGAGCGCUUCGAGACCCUGCGCGGGCCCGGGUUAUCGUGGUCGCAUCCGGACGGAGUUGGGGUCCAAAUAGACACCAUUACCCCAGAACUGAGGGCUCUGUAUAACGUGUUGGCCAAAGUCAAGCGGGAGAGGGACGAGUAUAGGAAAAAAUGGGAGGAGGAGCUGUCCAAGCGAGAGCAGCUGGAGUCCACGGUGGAAACCAUGCAGCAGAGCGCCCAGGAGUCAACCGAGGUCCAGGAUGAGCUGAGCGAGAAGGUGGACAGACUGAAGGCUGAACUCGUGGUCUUCAAGAGUCUUAUGACUGAUAGACGGCAAAUGUCUGACCUGGAUACCCAGAUCCAGGAGAAAGCCAGGCGGGUGGACAUGGACAUCUGCAGGCGAAUCGACAUCACGGCCAAACUGUGCGAUGUGGCUCAGCAACGCAACUCAGAGGACAUGUCGAAGAUGUUCAACGUCAGUCCGGCCCGGUCGCUCCCAGAGAGGGGUGCUAUGGCCUGCUGCAGGAAAAAAGAGCGUAAAGCCAUAUCCGAUGAAGAGAGUUCAGAGAUGGAUGCUGAGCCUAGCCCUUCAGAGGAGGACGCCCCCGGGUCGCUCAACAUCACGGACGAAAUGAAACGCAUGCUCAACCAGCUACAUUGUUCAGAUAACUCCUUUGUUGCCAGGCGCGAGACAUUUGAAAUUGACGACGACUGCGAUAGUUUGACGUGGGAGGAAAACGAGGAGACUCUGUUGCUCUGGGAGGACUUCACAAACUACAACGUGCCGUGCACCAUCACCGCAACGCCCGGCACAACCGCCGGCCCCGCCGAUGGCAAUGGUGAAGCCCAUGAUCCAGACUCCCAGGAUGGAAGUCUUGGCAGCCUCAUUGAUGAGACAGAGUCACUAUUUAAGACCAGAGAGCAGGAGUACCAGGAGACCAUCGGCCAGAUUGAGUUGGAAUUGGCCACAGCAAAGAGUGACAUGAACCGACAUCUGCACGAGUACAUGGAGAUGUGCAGCAUGAAGCGAGGCCUGGACGUGCAGAUGGAGACCUGUCGGAGAAUGAUUAAAGGCGGCAGGAACUCUCCCUCUGUCAGCUCUGUGGCCAGCAGCGACUCAGGGAACACAGACGAGAUCCAGGAUGAGAUUUCGGACAAGGACGCGGAGGCUGAAGUCCCUGUUAGUUGAUGGCUGCGUAGCCGGGCGCUGUCCUAUCUCUUCCUGAACUCCCCUCGUUGUCACAGGGGUCAAAUGUGUAUAGAGGUCCACCCUGCUAGAAAGGUGGAGCAACCUAAAUCUGGGCCUGUUUGACCUGGUAAAGUUCUGAUGGUCGUGCUAACUGAUGCAGGCCCAGAACUGAACUGGUGCUUUUAUACAAUUUCUGUUAUUUAGGGAGUGGUGUGGGCGUCUCUGCUUCACAAAUAGAACAGGUGCAAAUAGAGUCCGAGCUGUGCUGUCUUCCUCUUCACAUCAUUUUAGGGGAGAGAAAAAAAAUUCUCUAAUAUUUUAAACUGGCUGAGAAGUAUUUUGUACAAAUUCUUACCCUAUUAAUGUCCUUUUAUUCUAAAGGAAUUGAAAAUAGUACAUAUUGUGCUCCUCCACAUAGCAUUCACAAAAUAUACAGCCAUCUUUACAUAUAUUUUUUAAUGUUUCAUUUAGAUUGAAAAUUGUCUGUGCACCUGAGUUGGAACACUAUUUAGUUGUUGUUUGCAGUCCAAAUUCAACUGUUGGGGGUUUAAGUAUCUUCUGCCAAGAAGACAAAACAAGGAGUGGAGAUAAAUGUUGUUAGAGUUCUGGUGGUUUCUGAGGGAACUCUGCAGAGUUGCCAAAGUUGACAGAAGAAAGGAGCACAGCCUUUUGAUGCAUCAGUGCACUACUCAAGUUCUAUGCAAUUUAGCUGGCCUUAUUUUUGGACUGGCUUUCACCCUUCCUUGUUUCUCUUCAAACCAAUACGAUUAGCCUUUUAAGCAAAGCAGGUGUUUUCUAUGUAUCUCUUUUUUUGUGUGUGUUUGAAUGUGGAAUAAUCUUAGUAUGGGACAUUUGUUUUUUUCAUGGACACCAACAGUAAAAACUGGAACAGUGCCCCCUCAACAAGGGACUAAUAUCUUCAUUCAUGAUUAUAAUUGUCAACAUCUGCCAGAUGCUACUGAAACAGGCAGUGCAUUGUUGUGGUUCUGAUGUACCUUAUUGAGGAAACAUCGUUCUUGUCUUGUGCAGUUUACAUCAAGACAUUUUAAAUGGCUAAAAUCGUUUUUUAUAAAAGAAAUCAAAUUAAAGUUAUCAAAGCCAAACAAUGCCCUCCAAUGUCUUAAGCAAAACCAAAGGACACAUUUUGAAAAGCUUCCUUUUUCACAUAAUCUUCAUAGAUGAAAAUCUUUCUUUGUUCAUGUGUGAUUUCAUUAAGAGCUGUCACCUGCUGUCCUGCAGGCGUAUUUACGAAUCCUACUAUGGCCACGCCCUACGAAGCAGCUCGAUUGGUUGGGGCAGUUGGGGUUAGGCCAUUACCUCAGUGGUUAAGGUUAAGAUAGCCAAUUGGUCAGGGGAUAGGACCUGUACAAAUCGGGUUACGUUACCAUGGACGCAUGGCCAAUAGUAGUGUGUGAAUGCUAUUGAAGGGCGGGUCUUGGCGUGGCCAUAGUAGGAUUCGUAAAGCGCCCUGCAGGGGACUCUGUUCCAGACGGGUUGCACAUCCUGCUUUGUCUCUUCUGAAUCGGGGCUUCAAGUGUCAGACUGUACAUAGAGGGCUGUAGGCAUGUGAUCGUAUACCCCAGAGGCCUUUAUUUAUUCUUAUUAAGUCUCUUUACAACAGAUUGAGAUGUCUCACGAUUUUGCUUUUCAGUGCUCUCGCUGGAUUAGCGUAGAAACCGAUUGAAGCAUGGGGACCGAAGUGAUCUUUUUAUCAUCUCUUUGUAAUAUAAUGUAAGAACGGUUAGCUGGAUCAAAGAUUAAGUGCUACUUCUUUCUUGAAGUUUUACAGAAGCAGAAUGUUAAAAUGCAGGCCUUUUGUUAUUGCAGCAUGUUUGCGUGGAGAAAAUGAACUGAUUUUUUUUUUUAUAGAAUCCUUUUUUUUUUUUUUUUUUUACUAAAUAGCUGCAAUGCAGACUGUGUCGAUCCUAAUCAUUAAUUAAUUUUAUUUGUGGCAAAACAUUUUAUUUUUCACUGUUUUGUAAUCAUUCUAUGUUCAAGUGUGUUAUUGUCGCUAUAUUCUGCUUUUAUUAAUUUCGCAAGACUAUUAAACUUGUUCCAGACAUUUUGGUCACUUAUUGACCAUAUCAGAUCACCCAUUAAAAAAACUAAUUGACUAUGUAAGACAAGAGGAAGGAAAGGUCUUCCUCACAGAGAUCUUUCAUAUCCUUUUAUGUUUUAUUUUAUGUGACAUCAGCCUGAUAAAUAACAAAGAGCCAUUCUUGUAUUGGUACUGUACUUUGUAUCGACAUCAAACGCUUUAUUUAUUGAGUGAAUGAGAGUAACAUCCGGUAACGUCAGGCCUAACAUCACAGUUCCCUUUUCCUUGUUUAGAUUAAAGCCCACAUCACACCACCAUCAUCACACUAACCAGCUAAGUAGAGCAAAGUGUACAGUAACAGUAACAUGACAAAGAUGUAAAUCAGUCUAUGAAUACUACUGGAGAGUCUCAGUGUUUCUCCAUGUCACCACCACCACCACACGUAUUUUUAGUUUGCAGACAUUUACCAGAUUUAUUUUUUUUUACUUUAAGUGUAUUAUCUCCAUUUCCUCAACAUCCAGUUGAUAAAACUGGAGCAACCCUCCUUAAUGAAUGUAGCUUAAUUGGAGGCAUCCUCUAAAGACCUUACAGGUAAAAGCUGAGCAAAACAAAUGUAGCUGUUUAAAUCCAGGGAUAUAUGGUGUGCUGUUAUUGGGGACAUCGGUAUGUAUUGCUUUACUAAAUGGGUUCUUACCUGAACAACUUACAGUAUGUGAUCUGAGAUGUAUGUAAAUUAGGUCUGUCUGGAUGUGAAUGUUUCAUACUUAAAGGGUUUGAUAUGAUUGGUUUUUAUCAGAGUGGCGCUGGGAUUAUAUGGUUGUGUUAACUGUCGUGUCAGUAUACAGUUUUAGGCUCACGUUCAUCGACAUACCUGUCUGCUGUUAUAUGUCAUUAUUUCUUAUAUUUAAUUUCAUGAACAUGACGUGGAGAUAAAAGGUGCAGCAAUACUUGCAAUAUUGUAUUGGAUACUUUUUCUUUCAUUUGCAUCACAGGAAGCAUCCUGUUGGUUUCAUUUUAAGAGGUUGAUUUGUCUUCUUUAAUUUAAUUGCUUUUCUCUCUUAGAUUUGUUAUUAUUUAGUUUAAACUAUUGAUACAAUGUAUUCACGUGGGUCUGGGGCAGAUUGGUUCAAUAUUAUGAAUGUACUCAUAUUGGAUAUUGAGGGAAAAUGAAAUAAAAUGGUGGAUUGGAUAAAAAAAAA